AUGUCAACUCAACGCCCCAAUCGAAUCAACGACACAAUACGAAUCUAUUCCACGACUGCUCUUGAAGAACAAACCGACAAUACCUUCGAAGACAGUGGCGAUGCUGCUGAUUCUAAAAACGAAAAGUUAACCAUCGCCAAUAAUGGAAAAAUUACCUUUCGAAUGAGAAUCCAUCAUUUCACAUGGGCAUGGUUUACACUCACCAUGAGCACUGGAGGAAUUGCCCUCUUACUCUCCAACACACCACAUAGAUUUAGAGGCUUAACCGUUCUCGGGGACAUUGUCUUCAUCUUUGAUCUUUGUCUCUUCCUCCUCCUAUGCACUGGAAUAACCGCACGAUUCAUCCUAUACCCCAAAGCACUCGCCACAUCUCUCACAGAUCCCACCGAAUCCCUCUUCUUCCCCACAUUCUUCAUAUCGUUAUUAAACAUCCUCGCCAACAUCCAAAAGUACGGCGUUCCACACUGCGGACCCUGGCUCAUCAGCGCCUUGCGCGUGCUGUUCUGGAUCUACACUGCGCUGACCUUCUCCAGCGCCGUCGGCCAAUACUGCUACCUCUUCUCCGCCAAACAGCAAACGCUUCAAUCCAUGACGCCCGCCUGGAUCCUACCCAUUUUCCCCGUCAUGUUAUGCGGAACCCUCGCUUCCGUCAUCAGCGGCUCUCAAUCUCCCAAGAAUGCGCUGCCGAUCCUCGUUGCUGGAAUCACGUUUCAAGGGUUGGGAAUCCUGGUUGCGGUAUUCAUGUAUGGGCCUUUUUUGGGGAGAUUAAUGACAUAUGGAUUGCCGGAGCCGAAUACGCGGCCUGGAAUGUUUAUUGCUGUGGGACCGCCGAGUUUUACUGGGUUGGCGUUGUUGGGGAUGAGUAAGAAUUUUGCGAUGAUUUAUCCGGCGUAUUCGACUAUUUCGUCGGUUGAGCAUCCGGAGAUCAUCGCGGAUAUCUUUCGCAUUAUUGCGGUGUCUGCGGCGGUGUUUUUGUGGGGGACAGCCUUUUGGUUUUUUUGUAUUUCUCUAGUGUCGGUUUUGGCGGGUGUGAGGGAGAUGAGCUUUCAUCUUGUUUGGUACUCCUUUGUUUUUCCGAACGUGGGAUUUACGAUUGUCAUUAUUGAUAUUGGGACGGCGUUUAAAAGUGAAGGGGUGCUCUGGGUGGGGAGUGCGUUGACGAUCAUUUUGGUUAUUGUUUGGCUGUUGGUUUUGGCGUGCCACAUUAGGGCUGUGGUAUUGAAGCAGGUUUUGUGGCCUGGGAAGGACGAAGAUAAGGGGGAGAGAGAUCAGUGA